AUGUAUCAUUGUAAGGAGAGAAGACGAUCUGAAUCAGAUUCAGUAAGACGAAAUGGUUAUGAGCCAAUAGCGCAAUUUGAUAGUUCACAAAUACCGCCAGAUUAUUUGGUGCAUGAAGCACAUGAUGGACGAUUGAUAAGUGAUAGUUAUGAAAUUGAAUGGCCAAAGCGUCCACAAUUCGGUCAAUAUGCGGAAGAAAGCAGUGUAGAAAAGCUUUCAUCACCAUAUAUUAAACAAACUAAUAAGUAUGAUUAUGGAUCAGAUGAAACGACAGCAUACAGGAACAAAGGACAUCAUCGAAAGACAAAAGGUCAUAUGCAUAAUUAUUCAAUUGAAAAGACAACGAUUAAUGAAGCAAAAAAUGAUGAUGAUGAUAAUCAUUUUUUUGUUGGUGCACAAACAAUUCAUACAGUAUCAAAAUUACUUCGACAAAAUGAUUUUCGUCUUUAUUAUCAAAUUCCAUCCACAAAACAAAAUGCAAUUCCAAUUCAUAUACCACUUUAUUUAGCAUAUAUGAGCACUGCUGGCAAGAUUUAUCAUUUUCCAAUUGCUUGUACAACUGAUGAUAACACUGGUAGAAAGUCUUGGCGUGUAUUAUACGGUGAUUCAAGACCAUCAACAUUUGCAACCUUAUCAGCUUUAGUAAAAUAUCAUAAAAUUUAUUCAUAUAUGGAUCCAAAAACAGGUGCCAUUGAUACAUUUCCGGUUUGGAAAGGUGCUAUAAUUGAUUUUGAUGAUGCUGAUUAG